CUCCUACCGACUCUAAAGAGUGGGUACCAGUAUACAAAUGUAUUAUCUUAAUGAUAAUUAUAUAUGUAUCAACAUUCUCUUAAACACAUCAUUAUAUCAUUAUAUGUGUAAAAUAAAUAAAAUUUUAUUGCCUUAUAAUCACCUUUAUAUUAUUGUUCACAAAGUGAUAAUUUAAAUUUAUAAUUUGUUUGUGAUUUCUGUGGCUAUUACUUAUUGACAAUAAUAUAUCAUCAGCAUACAAGUCAUUUCGAGAUGUCUACAGAUUAUAGCAAUAGAUAUGUAUUUAAAGCUGAAUGGUAUGAUACAGUUGCUUGCAUACUGAAAAAAUUUUAUCUGUAUUAUUAUCCAUCUAACAACACUAUCGAAUUGUUUGAUUUAAAAACAAAGAAGACCUUCCUAAAAAGAACGGUAUGUGAAGGCAUUGAAGCUAAAGAUUUUUAUAUUGGAGCUGUAGUAACAAUAUUUUCAAGAUGUAUACAAAUUAUGGGUUAUGGAGAUAAUUACACUAAAAUCAAAUUAGAAACGCAAAUGCAAAAAUUUUUUGUACUCCUGAAACCAGAUGUUAUUGACAAAAUGGGUGAAAUAUUAAAAAUUAUUACAAAUCAUAACUUUUAUAUUACAAAUAUGAAAAUGAUGCAAUUAACUGCAACUGAAGUUGCAGAAUAUUGUUUCGUAAAAGAUGCAACUGAUAAAAUGUCUAUGAUAAAUUAUCUUACCUCUGGCCCUGUUGUUGGUUUGGAGUUAUUAGGAGAAAAUGGUAUAGCCAGAUGGCAAGAAUUAACAUCAGGUAUAGAAAAUUGUAAGCGUUCUUAUUCAACAACAAUGUCUUCAUUAAGAACUUAUGAAAAAAAUGAAAUAUAUAAUUCUAUAUAUGCAUCUAAGAACAUUGAAAUAGCAACACAAGAGUUGCAAUAUUUCUUUCCCAAUUCAAAAAGUAAAAAUAAAGGACUAAAAAAUACUGCAAUUUUUCAAAAUUGCACCUGCUGUAUUAUCAAACCACACGCUGUACAAGCAAAACUUGUUGGUGCUAUAAUUGAUGACAUUCAAAAAGCAGGCUAUAUAAUUACUGCAGUACAACAAUUUUAUGUUAAUUUAAUUAAUUCCGAAGAAUUUCUAGAAAUUUAUAAAGGCGUGCUUUCCGAGUAUACGGCAAUGGUAGCUGAAUUACAGUCUGGUCCAUGUAUCGUUAUAGAAGUAAGUCGUAAAAAUGAGGAUUCCAACAUUGUUGCUGAUUUUAGGAAUUUCUGCGGUCCAAUGGAACCUGACAUUGCGCGACAAAUUAAACCAAAUUCUCUUAGAGCAAAAUAUGGGAAAACAAAAGUACAAAACGGUGUACAUUGUUCUGACUUGCCGGAAGACGGUGUAUUAGAGAUUGAAUAUUUCUUUAAGAUACUCGAAAGCUAGUUUACGCUAUAAAUAUUGGAAAAUAUACUACAUUUUGCAAGAUAUAAAUAUUGUUUUUAAAAUUUAAUAAUUAAUAAUAAAUUUUUUCUAAUAAA